AUGGUCCUGCUCAAGUCAGAGAGUGUCAUGGCCCCUCCAAAGAUUGAUUCUGCUCGCGCUUCCCGCCUCUUGAAGGUAUUCAGAGAUGUCACCAAAGGCGGCAAAGCAAUUUACACGGCAAGCGAGGCACGUCUGUUCCUCGAGGCAGUUCGAACGAACACCUCUCCCGCCGCCUGCCUGGAGAUCAUCACGGCCAGCGAGGUUGCACGCAAUGCCAUCAGCAACAGCAUCCGUAUCGAUUCGUCAAUCUCUUUUAUGAGGGCACACGUUAUACCAUUCAUUGCCUAUUUGAGCGACCCCGCAGUGAAGAUGAUGUAUGGUGGACAGCUUCUUCACCAAGUCCUACUCAUCAUCGCCCACCCCCCGGCUCUCUGGGGAAACCUCCUGAGUGCUUUCCGAGAGUCUCAACUUACCGAAGACGAGCUUCAAGUCUUUGCAUGGCUCUGCUUCGAGCUUUCCGGUCUUUCUGAAAUCACAAUCGAUACCAUCGUAGAGGACAUCACGGGCGUCUUGGACGAGAAGCCUUUUCGCGAGGCUCGGAACCAUGGGACUCGCGACUUCGUCUACAGGAUCAGAAAAGUACUCGCUCUCAGAUCGUCUUCUGGCGAUAAGACCCUCGAGACAGCCGGUGGCCGCCAUGACAACGACUUUUCAAACUUUCGAGAUGUUUCAAUCUUUCCAACGAGUGAUGAGUUCUACUCCAAUGCGAGGCCUUUCUAUCGAAUGGCAGCCGAGGUUGCUACUGCAGAUCAGGUUCAGCGACCGCGUGUUCAUCUGGAUAACCAGUUCCGCCUUCUUCGUGAAGACAUGCUGGGCGAACUCCGUGAUGAUUUGAAAAGCCCUUUGGCACUCAUCCAAGGCCCUCCUGGAACUGGCAAGUCAUUCGUUGGCGCUUUGGCAGCUAAGAUACUGCUUGGAGAUCCGGAAAAGCGAAUUCUAGUGCUUAGCUACACUAAUCAUGCGCUGGACCAGUUCCUCGAGGAUCUGAUGAAAAUUGGCAUCUCACCUGGUGAUAUGGUGCGCUUAGGAUCGAAGUCGACGGAAUCAACUUCAGCACUGUCACUGGAGAAGCAAUUGCGAAGUUACGCCUACCGUCGAACUAAUGCAACGUGGGAACAUAUCAACGGCAUGAGAGCAGAGAUGAAUGAAGUUCGAAGAGAGAUCGAGGCAGCAUGCGACCUUCUCGUCCGGGACAAGGUUGGCUCUUUAGAGCUCUUGAGCUUUCUCGAGUUCUCCGACGACGACCAGCCCUUUUAUGAAGCUUUUCUCUUGCCCGAGCAAGAGAGAGGCUUCCAGAUAGCAGGCAAGAGUAACAGGGCCAUGGGUCCCGACUAUCUGCUGGGCCGGUGGAUUACGGGACAAGAUGCCGGUGAGCUCCGACACUUCGUCUCGUCUGGUAGCCAGAAUAUCUGGUGCUUGUCAAUGGCUCAGAAAUCUGCACAUAUCCAACGAUGGGUCGAGUGCAUUCGCAAGGAACGAAUCGAAGCAGUCCAGAACCUCAUCAAGAGGUUUAAUAACGCCCAGGAGCAAGUGGACAGGCUGUUCAACGAGUCCAAAUGUUCCUUUAUGCAAACGAAGAGGAUUAUCGGAUGUACAACAACCGCGGCUGCCAUGUACAAGUCGCUGAUCAAGGCUGCAAAGCCCGAUGUCGUUUUGGUUGAAGAGGCUGGUGAGAUCCUCGAGGCUCACGUUUUGACUGCUUUGCACAGCGACACAAAGCAGCUCCUACUAAUCGGGGACCAUAAACAACUGCGACCCAAGAUCAACAACUAUGCUCUAAGCGUCGAAAAAGGAGACGGCUUCGAUCUCAAUCGCUCGCUCUUUGAACGACUGAUUCUCCAGGGACACGACCACGUCACACUCCAAAAGCAGCAUCGCAUGCAUCCCGAUAUCUCGGAUCUCGUUCGGAAGAUGACAUACCCGGAUCUAUUGGACGGUGACAAAACCAAGGAUCGGAAGCCUCCUAGGGGAUUUCAGGGAAGGGUCAGUUUCGUUAACCACAGCCACCCGGAAGACCUGGCUGGCGAUAUUACCGAUCGCCGCGAUGUUGGUGUUGUCUCUAGCAAGAGUAAUCUUUAUGAAGCGCGAAUGGUUCUGAAGCUAGUCAAAUACCUUGGGCAGCAAGGAUAUCGCACUGAAAACCUCGUCAUUCUCACGCCAUAUCUGGGACAAUUGCGCCUACUCAGAGAAACCUUGAGUUCCGAGAAUGACCCCUGGCUCAAUGAUUUAGAUUCGUUUGAGCUCAUUCGCGCGGGACUCAUGACUGCCGCCGCGGGAAAAGUGCCUGACGGAUCAGGAUCAGGAAGAAUCAAACUUUCGACUAUCGACAAUUACCAGGGCGAAGAGAGCGACAUCGUCAUUGCUUCUCUGACCAGGAGCAACAACAAUGGCGACAUCGGAUUCAUGAAGGCGCCCGAGCGGCUCAACGUUCUGUGUUCUCGUGCAAGAGAGUGCCUCAUUCUCAUAGGCAAUAUGGAGACUUUCAUGGCAUCUGGGCACGGAAGAGCAGUCUGGUUGCCUUUCUUCACCUUACUGAAAGAGAAGAAUUAUCUACAUGAUGGGUUCGCAAUUCGCUGUCAACAGCACCCUGACAGGACCGCAUUGCUCAAAAGGCCGGAUGACUUUGAUGUAAAGUGUCCUGAAGGUGGCUGCGACGAAGCCUGGGGGCAUAAGUACAGCGUAGACUGCAACAACCAAACCCAAAAAUGCGCCGCAUGCUUCAAGGAGGAUGAGAACACUCGGAGGCGCUUGAAGCGCGACUUGCAGAUGGAAGUGGAACGCGAUAUGGCACAAAAGAGAUACGCUCAAGAACUACAAAAGGUGGAAGACGACUUGGAUCGUGAGAGAAGACUGAUGAAGAAUGAACAAGAGGACCUGGAGCAGAACAAGACUCUAAAAGAACGCAAAGAAGAACUGAGAGCUCUGCAACAGACGAGGGCUCGUGCUGAGACGAUGAAGACUGCCAGAGAAGCUCCCAAGAAAGUUCCAGGUGCUUUUCCAGAUGAAAGAAAAUCUACAGCGAACCCAGCCCCAAAACCUGGAAGUGCAGAGGAGGAGUGGCUGAAUUUGAAGUCGAAGUUCGGGGCUAGCAGCAAUGCUAUGGAUCAACUCAUGAAAAUGAUCGGACUUGAAAGCAUUAAAGAGGAGUUCCUCUCUAUCAAGUCCAAAGUCGACACGGCAUCUUGCUCGGCGGCUGACAAUUUGAUCGCAGGAAAAACCACCGUAGCACGGAUCUAUGCCAAAUUCUUGGUGUCGGUGGGUGUCAUAGCCGGCAGUCGCUUCGAAGAGACGUCUGGUUCGAAAUUGGCGUCUUUGGGUGUGCCUGGCUGUCAGAAGCUGUUAGAUGACGUUUUGAAUGACGGCGGCGGAGUGAUCUUUAUUGACGAAGCCUAUCAACUCUCCUCAGGCAAUAGUCCUGGUGGCCGCGCGGUUCUUGAUCUCCUGCUUGCGGAAGUUGAGAACCAUACCGGCAAGAUUGUUUUCAUUCUCGCUGGGUACAACAAACAGAUGGAGUCUUUCUUCGCGCACAACCCUGGCUUUCCAAGCCGGUUUCCGAUUUCGAUGAAGUUUGACGACUACGACGAUGACGAGCUUUUGAAGAUCCUUCAGUUCCAGAUUGACAAGAAGUACGGAUGCCGCAUGAAGUGGGAAGAUGAUCUCCACCUCCGCGUCGCAUGUCGUAGACUUGGACGAGGGCGCGGAAAGGAAGGAUUUGGCAAUGCGCGAGCAAUUGAAAAUCUCCUUUCCAUUGUCUCCAGCCGGCAGGCCAAUCGCAUUCGAAAGGCUCGUCUAGGGGGCGCAAACCCGGACGAUCUCCUGUUAACAAUGGAGGAUUUGGUUGGACCUCAACCUUCAGCUGCCCUCGGGCACAGCAAAGCUUGGAGGAAGUUGCAGACCUUGAUCGGCCUUGGCUCAGUCAAAGAAUCGGUUCGAGCCUUGAUAGAUAGCAUUCAGACCAACUAUGUUCGCGAGCUGGCGGAAGAACCCAUCAUCGAGUAUACGCUCAACAAAGUCUUUCUCGGCUCGCCAGGAACGGGAAAGACCACCGUCGCCAAGUUGUACGCCCAGAUCCUUGUUGACUUAGGUCUCUUAUCGAAUGGAGAGGUGGUUGUCAAAAAUCCGGCGGACUUCAUAGGUGCUGCACUAGGAGGCUCCGAGUCCCAGACCAAAGGCAUAUUAGCGUCGACUAUCGGUAAGGUUCUCGUCAUUGACGAGGCUUACGGACUAUACGGGAGCAGUAACUCAGCUGGGGGCAGUUCUGACCCCUACAAGACUGCCGUCGUAGAUACCAUUGUUGCCGAGGUCCAAAGUGUUCCAGGAGAAGAUCGAUGUGUGCUUCUUCUGGGUUAUAAGGAUCAUAUGGAGGAGAUGAUGCAGAACGUCAACCCGGGCUUGAGUCGGCGAUUUCCAUUGUCGUCAGCCUUUGUCUUCGAAGACUUCGAGAAGGCAGAUAUGCGGAAGAUCUUGCAGCUCAAACUCAAAUUACAAGGGUUUUCUGCCACUGAUCAGGCCAAGCAAGUCGCUUCAGAGAUGCUCGAAAGGGCUCGCAACCGGCCAAACUUUGGCAACGCAGGAGAAGUGGACAUUCUCCUGAACGAGGCAAAGGCACGUCAUCAGCGACGACUAACCGCUAAAGAAAGCCAUCACGUCUCUACGUUGGAAGCUCUGGACUUUGACCACGACUUUGACCGCGCAGAUCGGGCUGAGACCAAUGUUGCCAAACUUUUUGAGGGGACGGUUGGUUACGAGAAGAUUAUUGCCACCCUUGAGGGAUAUCAGGAGACUGUACGUUCUAUGAAGGCACUGAACAUGGACCCAAAGGAGAGUAUUCCUUUCAACUUCCUUUUCCGUGGCCCUCCGGGUACGGGAAAGACCUCAACGGCGAGAAAGAUGGGCAAAGUUUUCUACGACAUGGGGUUCUUGGCCAAGGCAGAAGUUAUCGACUGCUCUGCAUCCGACCUCAUCGGCCAAUACGUCGGUCAAACCGGCCCUAAAGUGCAGCGACUUCUGGACAAGGCUCUUGGAAAAGUGCUGUUUGUCGAUGAAGCUUAUCGUCUUGCUGAAGGACACUUUGCCAAAGAGGCAAUUGAUGAGGUCGUUGACUCGGUGACGAAGGACAAAUACAAGAAUCGCCUUGUAAUAAUUCUGGCUGGCUAUGACGAGGACAUCAAUCGACUACUUUCCGUCAACCCGGGAAUGUCAAGUCGAUUUCCAGAAGUUAUCGACUUCCACAGCCUAAGCCCUAAGAGUUGCUACGAGCUUCUGCGCCAGCUUCUACUCAAGCAAAAGCGGACUCUUCACAGCAAGAAUCCAUCUAAUAAUCUCGCAAUGGAUUGUCUAUCAAAUCCAUCGCCCGAUUUCAAGAGAGACAUUGUCGCCAUAUUUCACAAACUCACCACAACUGCCGGAUGGGCUAGUGCCCGAGAUGUUGAAAGCCUUGCCAAGUCGAUUUUCAGCACGGCGAUCAAGUCUUGCCGCGAAGGCCAGGUGACAAUCGAUGAAGAUCUUGUAAAGAAAGAAUUCUUCAAGAUGCUUCAUGAACGCGAAAGCCGGGAGAGGCAGGCAGGGGCCAUUCAUGGCGUGCCCAAGCUCGACCAAUUGUUCCAGCAGAUGCCAUCGCCCCCUCAAACACAAAGCGUGCAAUCAACAGCUUGUGAACAAACCGCCGCCGCCGUCGAAGCCACUGGAGAGGAGGCAGAACCAACGCUUCGCGAGAGUCCGGUAAUGGAAGUCAGUGACGAGAGUCGGAAAGUAAUACGCGACGCUGGUGUCAGCGAUGAAGUCUGGGAACAAUUGGAGAAAGACAAAAAGGCUCAAGAGGAAAACGACGCAAAGUACCGAGAAAUGCUCGAGAAGAAGCGCAGAGCAGUUGGGGCUGCCAGGGAGGCAAUUCUCAAAGAGCUCAUUGAGGAGGAAGAGCGACGGAAGAAAGAAGAAGAGCAGCGUAAGAAAGCUGCGAUGAUGGGUCGAUGCCCCAUGAAUUUCGAUUGGAUCAAGCAGAGUAUGGGGUUCCGGAUCGAGAUGCGAUUGGGCCAACAGAUUAGCGGCUCCGAGUGCCAGAGACACGUCCCGGUCGACUGGGGACCCUGGCCCUCCCGCCCUGUCAAUAUUGUGUUCAAGGUCUACCAUGUAACAUCGAGCUGCCAGGAAUCACGGGAGCGUCGCCAAUCCUCCGAAGCGCAGACCAGAUCUGGGCGACACGCCGUCUCCAAUGUCUAG